UCACCGGACAUCUGACUGCGCCGGCUACACAAUGAAGCCAAGAAGCAUACGAUGUAUGAAGUUCUUUCUUGCUCUCUUCAGCAUAAUUUUUAUUCUCUUCGGUCUCGUGCUCUUGGCGGCGACUGUUAUUAACAUGCGUGAGCGCAAGUCUAUGCCUGAUCAGCAAUCUACGCUCUCUCGUGGUGUGCUGUCUUUCUUCCUAUCACUUGGUGUUGGGCUGGUGGUGACCGCGGUGCUGGGGUGCAUUGGUUCCUUGCGAGAAAAUAUCAAGAUACUUUAUGUGCACGCCUGCUUCCUGUUCUUCCUGGUUUCCGUGGAAGUCAUAGUGGGAGUUGGUAGCGCAGUGUUGAGUGCUUGGGUGGGGGAUUCCAGCGAGCUCGCCGUACAGUUCUAUAAGAACACCACAGUUGAAGACAUAGAUAGAUCUAAUCAGAAGAUGUUUUGGGAUAAUUUGCAAUCCGAGAAUCAAUGCUGUGGUGUAGAAGGACCUGAAGAUUAUGCGAUUUUGGACCGUGAAAUCCCCGCGUCCUGUUGCUUACGCGCUCAUCCCCUCCGCGAGGGUGGGGCCCGACGCCAUUUGCACUCGACUUGCUUGAACGAUAAAUCAUAUUACAUGAAAGGUUGCGAAGAAGUUUUAAGACAGAAGAAAUCGUUUCGAGGGAACAUAUUUAUAACGAUUGUCGUAAUAUUUGUAUUGCUAGAGAUAAUUUGCAUCAUACUUUCUCUAUGGAUGGCUAGAGGAGUUCGAAACGAGCGUCGUAAGCUGCAGCAGAAUUUACAAGCACAUUUUGAAUCUUAAUUAACUUUU